GUCGUCUCGUUUCUUGUUCCGUCUGUUGGGUUGUUGUUUGGCUCUGUUCUGUUUUGUUUGUUUGCUUACAGCUGUAUGUGUGUAUAGUACUCUUGGCAUGUCUCAGGUAAAAAGCUAUGCAUGACGAUCAUGCUGUCGCAAGUCAAAUCUGCAUUCCGUACUUUAGAAGUUCCAUUAUUACUUCUCGACAUCUCGUUUUAUUUGUAAACAAAUUCCAUGAUAGGAGGCACCUAGCUUCCUCGAAUGCUUUUUCCCAAAAUCGUCUGAAGGGGUUGUUCUUUUCUGGUCUUGGUAGUGGAAGUGCCUGUAAAUAUUUCUCCAAGUGUUUGAUCAUGUCAUUGAUGACGGGUAGUUUCUUUCUCCGAGAAUUCUGUUCCUGAAUAGCCAAAAAAGGAGGGCAGCUGCUGCUGACUUGCGAUACGCCAUGUAGAAGAGUUCAUUGUUGUUUGGAAUGCGAGAGGAGUGAACUAUUCUCGGUCUCGUUGCCAUUGAUUUUGUGCUGCAAAGUACAUCUUCGGAAUCGCUUUGCGUUAACAUGGAUCUGACAUAUCAAAGAGAAACGGCUUACAAAUGCCAACAUGUUCAUGUUCAUUCCGUGACUCAAUCAUUUCCUUCCCGUGCACUGUCCUUCGUGGAAGACUCAACUCAAGAAAGACAUCUUUUACGUGUUAAGGGUGCUGACUGCGAGAUUGCACAUUCAAGUUCCCGGAAAAAUUUACAUAUAUCAGCACGUCUGAUGGAGGAAUUCCUUGAACUUGCCAAGGAAAACACAGAUAAGGAUCUGGAAACCUGUGGCAUCCUUGGUGCUUUCCUUGACAAGGGUAUUCUAUAUGUAACGACUUUGAUCAUACCCAAACAGGAGUCAACUUCUAAUUCAUGUGUGGCUAAGAAUGAGGAGGAAGUGUUUGCAAUACAACAUGAACGCUCGCUUAUUCCAGUUGGAUGGAUCCAUACACAUCCAUCUCAGAGCUGUUUCAUGUCAUCCGUUGACUUGCACACUCAGUAUUCAUAUCAGGUCAUGGAACCUGAAGCAUUUGCAAUAGUCAUGGCUCCAACUGAUGCAUCAAGGAACUACGGCAUAUUCCGGCUAUCGGAACCUGGUGGGAUGAACGUCCUGAGAGAGUGCCGAGAAACAGGAUUUCACACUCACGGGGAAACUGCCGACGGAGGUCCUAUCUACGAGCACUGCGCUAAUGUCUACACAAACUCGAAUCUGAGAUUCGAAGUUUUCGACUUGCGACAAUGAAGCACCGCCAACGAAGUCGACCAAACCGGCAAGCUAGCAGGUGCGGUCAAGCAGGAAAGUAUCUAGGAAGUGUUCCCGGAAUACACGGGCGACAGAUCUCGGCCGGCAUGUCUGUACGUUCUUGUGCUUCGCUCUUUGGGCGAGCAGUGGAAACAACGCGUGGACAACUAAACUCGGCUGGCUGUGCUUGAUUGAUCCUUGUAUAUACUCCGUGACUCAAAACUCUUGUCUCGUCUGGAAUGAGCAUGAGUGGAUCGUUUUAUAAUGCUUUUUAUGGGGAACACGCACGUUGUAUUUUCCUUCCA